AUGGAAACCGUUACAAAAUACUUGUCGCUAUUGGCUAUCUGCCUCAUUUUAGUGCAUCACCAAAGUGUUGCACAUGAAAACAGAGGAAAAGACCUAAUUAACGAGGUAUGUCAAAAAACAACAACGAAGGAUCUCUGCGUGGGUGUCCUUUCUUCGGACCCAAUCCUUAGUCCAAGAGCGAAUCUACAAGACCUAGCAAUGAUAUCACUGAGGGAGGCAGCAGCAAAUGCCUCAAGCAUACUAAAUGAUGCGAAGAGCAUGAUUGAUAACCCUGAUUUGGACCCUGCAAUUCAACAAGGUUUGGCUGAUUGCAAGGAGACAUUAUUGGACGCUGCAGAUCAGCUUGAGGAUACUAUUGCUUCCAUAUUGGCUAAUUCCAGAUAUGAUGCUCAUUUAUGGCUUCAGGCAGCAUUAGCAGCAAUUGAUUCAUGUGACGAUUCCAUUCCUGGUGAUGACGACAUUCUCUCUAGAAGGAGUAGAUCCUUUCGCCAAUUGUGCAACAUUGCCGUUGCUAUCAACGACGCCAUGCGUGCAAAGGAAGCCUAA